AUGUUUCUGUGCUCCUUCAGCCGUCCAGAUGUGGCCCUCCUCUGGUUCCUCAUCCCCCUCAAAGCUAUCAAACACCUCAUGUGUGACCAGUACAGAUGGCUGACCAUUAAAAUCGUCACUGCCCUCCUUCUGCUCGCCAUCCUGGGUCUUUUCUUGUAUAAUAUGCCGGGGUACAUGGUGAAGAAAAUGAUGGGAGUCUGAGAUUAAACUAGCAGAUGAUAAUCUCUUCCAAGGUCGUGCUUUUGCUAAUAUUAGACAUGUUUUGUGGACAUUUUGCAGUCUACUUUUUCCGCAUACUUGUGGAUAAUUAAAGCAGUCUAAACACAGAAGCAGCACAAUUAUCUCUGGUUAUUCUUGCUCAGUUUUGUGUAAAAUAUAUAAUAGUGUGUUUUUCUUGAUUUGUUUAUUCACCUAAAAAAAUAGUAUGAUCAUCAAGAGGAGAAUUUAAAGUUUUAUUGUUUAAAAAAUGACAUUUUUAGCAUGGAUGUUUUGUGUUCGUGCUCAGAUCUCACCUUAACUGUAAAAUGAUCUUUCAAGCUCUCAUUAAGUUUCUAUUGAUGAUAUUUCAAACUUAAUAAAUGGACCUCUGAUCCAAUUGUCCCAGAGUCAUGUGAUUUGUUUGUUAAUGCCCCGUCAUCAGCAUGGCUCCAUCACUUUGCAACAGGUGGAAACUGUCCAUGGUCAAAGAGAUUAGUGCAAAUUUGGUUGUUGUAUUUAGUCCUAAUACAUGCUGAUCCGAAAUCUCACAAAAAACACUAUCAAAGGCUCAAACAUUCAGCAAAUUUAAAACAAACAACUUGAUCUUUGGUUUUAUUGGUAGAUAGUUGACCACGACUCAAAAAACACAAAUUGUAAUUGGUCCAUCUAUGCUUUAAACUCAGAUUAUGAAACUUCUAACCCACCAUUUGUCUCUUUUCUCCCCCAGCCGCCCAGAUAUCGCCCUCCUCUGGUUCCUCAUCCCUUUCAAAGCUGCGAAACACCUGAUAUGUGACCAGUACAGAUGGCUGACCAUCAAGAUCGUCACUGCUCUCCUGCUGCUCGCCAUCCUGGCUCUCUUCCUGUACAACAUGCCGGGUUAUAUGGUGAAGAAAAUGUUAGGGGCUUAA